AUGUUAGAGACCGGAAGUGAAUACCCUUCAUACAUAAAAGAAAUGAUUUCUGAGCUCCGCAGUUCGGAGUCAGCUGCUUCUAUUUUACAGAAAUAUAAACAAUUCACAGAAGGCGACUUCUUAUUAGCUUUAAUUUACAAGAAUCUGAGCUAUUCUCCGCAUUCAAGAAAAUUUUUGUCGAAUGAAGAAGUCCUGUCCACUAUCCAUAAAGAAUAUCUGACUGACCUCCCUCCCCUUUCUUCUAAUUGAGAAAUACAAAAUGGACUAAGGGAGAUGAAGCCAUAUUAUGACAACCAUAUUAAUUUAUUCUAAAUAGUCUAAAUAUUUAUAAAUGAAAUAUAAGAAAUUUAUAUGAAUUUUUAUUGAAAAACAGAAUAAUUUCCAGUCCAAAUGGAAUUGGUCUUGAUAUUUAUCCUCAAUCGCCUGAAUUUUUUGAAGAGUCAAGCCUAACGACGAUUAGGAAAUAAAAUGGUUACGUUUACGGAAAUUGGGCUACGAGGAGCACUCCCUAUAGAGUAGGUGGACAUUUUCUCCCAUAGGUCUUCCAGUCCCUGCCAGAUGGGGGCUAGGCAGGUUUUGCUUUCAUUGCAGGGAUAUCAGUGCACCCUGCAGGCAGUGACUCUGCCCAAGGGAGUUAAUCUCUUGGACAGGUGACUCAGAUCAAAAAAACCAAUAUGGCAGCCUUUCUUCCUCUUUUGUCCUUGGGGCGAGGAGGGAGGCUAUUUUGGAACCAAGAUGAGGCAAAGGCUAGUGGGUUUGCCCACUUAUGGCCAGCUUAAUCAAUUAAUUUAAUUUAACGACGAUGUGGUGCGAGACCACUCCAUCGUCAAACAAAAAAAUCGAGCUGAUGUGCACUCCGCCCAGCACUACUUUGAGAUCUCGUAAUGGGCUUAAAGCAUUGAGCUGGAGAGUAAAGGAAAUUGUUGAGAGGUUUGGGAGCGCAACUUAUAAAGACGUCGCUGAUGAGUUGCUGAGGGAGUUGCAAAGCAACCAAGGGGACGAGGACUUUAAGGACGAAAAAAACGUCAGGAGAAGGGUUUACGACGCACUUAACGUCCUGAUUGCUGCUGAAAUUUUACAAAAAAGAGGCAAAAUGGUGGAGUCCCGCAAUAAAAGUUCUUACAGACUGUGCUUUAAGUCUGAAAACUCAGAAACGUUUAUUUCUAAAAGAAAAAAACUCAAACAGCUUUUACAACAUUAUGUUGCAAUUAAAAAUUUAAUUGAGAGGAACAAGAAUUUGCAGAGCGCCAGCGACAGGCUAAGAUUGCCUUUUACGCUGAUCACUGUGUCCUCAGAAUCUAGUGAAGAAGUAAGAGAAAUGUAGGUUUCGAUAAAGACGAACAUUCAGAGGUCGAAAAUCCACAUUAAGUUUGAGAGUCCAAUAACUGUCAUGGAGCCUGUUGAAGUUUUAAAGGAACUUGGGCUUCACAACAAUCCUGCAGGGAUUCAUCUUGAGGCGUUGGAGCUUUGCAACUAUGCCUCGCCGAGCUAA